AUGCGGCUAAUCUGGCUAAGUCCUCGAGACCAGCAGGCGCUGGCCGAGAUCCUGUUCCUCAAUCCGAGCAAGGUUGAGAGCCCCAUCGAGUUCAACGACCGCAUAACUAAGCUGAUCGAAGCGUUGCCCAAUCGCCUCAAGCAGCCUAGCUUCUUUCGCCGUCUACUGGCCUCGACUACUGACAGACUUCCGACCUCACGCCGGAAACGCUCUGAGCGUCGCCGUUGGCCACGUCUGUGCCCGAUCCACAAAGGCCUCAAUGCUUCAUUGGUUCACCAGCUUUUCAUUCUGGUUGGACUUGAGGUCGGACAUCUCAAACGCACUUGUCUACAACAUCUCGACGAUCUAAAGCCUGAACAGGCGGCCUUGAUGAAGCGUCUGUACCGGCUAAGCGCGCUGUGGAUGACGCCUGAGAUGUACAAGGAGGCGUGGCAUGAACCGGCCUCCGAGUCGAUAUGGACGCACCUGGGCAACGAUUGCACAGCGUGCACAUUGAGCAUUUUAGCCGGGAAUCUGGAGACCAUCCUGGAUUUGUUGAGCGCAGUGGUCAGUCGAUGUCACGACAGCGAAGAGAGAAGCAAGCCGAGAUUGUAUUCAUGGUUAAGAGCGUGGCUGCGAGUACACUCACCGAAUUGGAUUGGUCCAGUGCGGCGAGGGCGGUUCAACAAGAUGGCGCCCGAGGCGGAGAGACGGGGAAGCGACUUCAAAGAGUGGCGACGACGUCGUCGGCGUCGUAGUCGGGACCUGAAGGCGGAGGAGUGUCUGAUGGUGGCUGAUGAGCAACAGCAACCUGCUCUUACUACGUUGCCUCGCGCUCAGGAUUCCGACCCAGUCGACGAGAGCCACGCACACAACGAAGCCCCGGAUCUCUCCCGGCAGCAAUCCAACACCAGCUACAGCAGCAAUACCAGCACGUCUAGCGACGAGAGCUUCGAAAGUAUCAGCGACCUCGAGACUGUCGACCUCACCGCCUCGAUUCGCAGCACCGCUUUCCCGCCCGAUGUGAGCAAUCGCCAUAGCCAACAGGAACAGCAGCAGUACGAGCCACCUCGUGCGAACUGGGCAGCCAAGCCUCCCUUCACGGGCAGCUCCGCUACCGCUGCACAACAUCUCCGCACAGUAACAGCACCUUCGGGACCCUUCAAUGGCUAUGCUAAUGCUGAAGGCGAGCAAGAACCGGCAGCGGCAUCUCAACCACCUCCUCGACCUCCACCACCAGAGCGCAAACGCACCGCCGAUGAAGCCGCACUGUCUUACGCAAACAUCCUGGACCAUGCGAAUCCGUUCGCGGAGAGUAAUUUCACGGUCGUCCCAGCCAAAAGCUCGCCACCAGAGCCGAUGACAGCACGUAUGGCGCCUCCACGUCCCUCCACCAACGGUCGAAGUCAAAGCGAAAGUCACGACUCCGGCUACGAAUCCGACGCCUGGACUGACGCCAAGCCACCCAGUAGUGUCAGCACAAUGAUGGGGUAUAGGGUCGGGUCCUGGCUACAGAACGUGGACUCCUCGUCGGUGAUUGAGCAGUUCGCAGAUGACGCUGGUGAGCUACGACGGCAGCAGCAGCAGCAACAGAGGUUUGUGCUCAACGAUGCACCGUUUGUGCCGCCGACGAGAAAUCCUUCGCGAGUAAAGCCAUCAGCAGAGGGCGGUGAUCUGCCACUGCGACGACAUGGUAGUUCGGACACCGCUAGGAGAUCCGUGGACCACACACUACCACAACAGCUUGCUCAUCCUCCUCUAUCACAACUCCCACCAUCCCAACAAUGGGCCAACCUGACACGCUCCGCCACCACUCCAUCUUUACCGACUGCUGACCAGCGUUCCACCACGAGCACGACGACAACAUCAAGGACACCCCACCGUCGCCCUUCUUCUCGACAAGUAGCGGACGAUCUUCCACGCCCUCGUCCGACCGAGCAUCCUCUAAUUCGGGCAAAUCGCCACCUUCCGCCACCGCACGCUAGCGGACCUGACACACGGGUGCCUUCGGUGCCGGUGCUUGCCGAGCGUCCUAGGGAUACCGUGUCGUCUGUGUCAGCCUCGAGCACAAACGACGAGCGUGAGAUCCACCCAGCGUUACGAACACGUCAGCACCAGCGGACUCUCGCACAGCUCGUGGGCAACUACGACCCCAACAGCGGCAGCGACCAGACGCAGUGGUCAACCCACUGGCGCGACGAAGUUGAGAACCGGCCAGGCAACGAGUUCUACAGGGCACGCAUGGAACGGGAGAGGAGGGAGAGGGCUGGUGUCAGGGGGCUACGACGUUCGUCUGUUGUAGCGCCUUAUGGCAGAUUGGACAGCGAGUAG